CAUGAAUUGGGCAAGAAAAUAACUUCCCACUCGGCAAGCUCCACACGGCGCACGCUAGAUCCCGUCCGUGGAUGCGGGGUUCCAAAGCAGAAACCUCCGACGAUCCCCUAUGGUCUCCUCUAACCUGCGCUGGGCGUGGGCGGCGCUCCGCCCCCUUCCCGCGCGUGGCCCGUCGCUUCAGUGAACCCUGUAAGCGCAGAUCAGCGCUUCCCCCACGAGCCGCCAUUCGAGGGAGAGAAUUCUCACGAGCCCGUGAUCCGACGUCGACGAAUCCCUAGGCGCUCGAUAGUCCCGUCCAUCCCGGCGGCGCACGAUAGAUCCGCAAACCUCGCCAUGGAUGCGAUCUUCCCGUGUCCCAUUCUUUCUUUCUUCCUCUUUCUCCUCCUUUUCUCUAAUUUAUUGUAAAUUAUUCCUAUUUUGCACGGAGAUUAUAGGGUUAGGGUUUCUUUAUUUUUUUUAAAUUGGGAUUGGAGUGAUUUGAGCUGAGAUUUGGCGGGAAUGGAGAACCCGUCGCGGCCGGCGAUUCAUAGAGACCCGUACGAGGUGUUGGGGGUCUCUAGAUUCUGCUCAAGCCUUGAGAUCAAGGUUGCUUACAGGAAGUUAGCUUUCAGGUACCAUCCUGACAAAAAUGUAGACAAUCCUGAAGCUUCUGAGCAUUUUAAGGAGGUUUCUUAUUCUUAUAGCAUUCUGUCUGAUCCAGAGAGAAGAAGAUGUUAUGACAAUGCUGGACUUGAGGCACCAAAUUUGAGCUCAAGUCUAUCUAUUAUGGACAAAACAUCAGAAAAUCAUGAAGAUGCUCCUGAUAUCAGCACUGACUUAUCUCCUGAAGUUGUCGACUCCAUAGAUGAAUUGCCUGAAGGCACAGUUCUAACAAAACAAACUUCUGUAAAUCUUGUCCCUUUCAUUGGCCAAAGAUUUGUUUCCCAAGAUGCUGCUUAUGAAUUUUAUUGCAGCUUUGCAAAGCAAUGUGGCUUCUCGAUUAGGCGUCAUCGCACUAGAGGAAAAGAUGGGGUUGGUCGAGGAAUCACCAGAAGGGAUUUCACCUGUCAUCGUGGUGGAUUGCCUCAGGAAAAGCAAUUGGAUGACAGCAAGCUGCAGAGAAAUCGAAAAUCAUCACGUUGUGGGUGCCAGGCAUACAUGAGAAUAGUUAAAAGGGCAGAUUUUGAUGUCCCUGAAUGGUGUGUCACUGGCUUUAGUAACGUCCACAACCAUGAAUUCUUGAAAUCAAACCAAGUGCAUCACUUUCCUGCCUAUUGUACUAUAUCAGCAGAUGAUAAGAGCCGCAUUUGCAUGUUUUCUAAAGCAGGAAUAUCUGUACGGCAAAUGUUGAGACUAACGGAGCUUGAGAAAGGUGUGAAACUUGGUUGUCUACAAUUUACAGAAAUAGAUGUAAGGAACUUGCUACAAUCUUUUAAAAAUUUGGAUCGGGAUCAUGAUGCAAUCGACCUUCUUACAAUGUGCAAGAAAAUCAAAGAUGAAGAUCCCAACUUCAAGUACGAAUUUAAGAUAGAUGGAUGUAACAGGUUGGAACAUAUUUCUUGGUCAUAUGCUUCAUCGGUUCAGUUAUAUGAAGCUUUUGGAGAUGCAGUGGUUUUUGACACAACUCACCGUUUGGAUGCUUACGAUAUGCUAUUAGGAGUCUGGAUUGGAGUGGAUAAUCAUGGAAUGAAUUGUUUUUUUGGAUGCGUUCUUCUACGAGAUGAAAAUAUUCAAUCAUUUUCUUGGGCUUUGAAGUCAUUUUUGGGUUUCACAAGAGGAAAGGCUCCACAAACAAUUUUAACAGACCAAAACAUGUGGCUUAAAGAGGCAACCUCUGUUGAAAUGCCAAAUACAAAACAUGCCUUCUGCAUUUGGCGCAUCAUUGCAAAAUUCUCUGAUUGGUUUUCGGUACUUCUUGGGUCACGGUAUGAUAAUUGGAAGGCUGAAUUCCACCGUCUUUACAAUAUGCAGGUAGUAGAGGAAUUUGAAGUUGAAUGGAGGAAAAUGGUUAAUGCUUAUGCACUUCAUACAAACAAGCAUAUUGCCAGUUUAUAUGCAUUGAGGACAUUUUGGGCAUUGCCGUACUUGAGAUGUUACUUCUUUGCAGGAAUUACUUCAGCAGUAUAUUCAGAGUCAAUAAGUGCUUUCACCCAACAGUUUCUUAGUGCCCAGUCUCAGCCUGAUAAUUUUGUAGAGCAAGUGGCAGCUAUUCUCGAUUUUAAAGAUCAGAUAGGACCAAAACAGAAAUCACAAAGAAAGCUCCAUAAGAUACGUCUCAAAACAGGGUCCCCUAUAGAGUCCCAUGCAGCUACUGUUCUUACCCCUUAUGCCUUUUGCAAGCUCCAGGAGGAGCUUGUAUUAGCUCCACAGUAUGCAUCAUUUCCACUAGAAGAUGGAAGCUUUCUUGUGAGACACCAUACACAGAUGGAUGGAGGGUGCAAAGUAAUUUGGGCACCUCAGGAAGAGCUCAUAAGCUGUAGUUGUCAUCAUUUUGAGUUUACAGGAAUCCUUUGUAGACACAUUCUUCGUAUUCUGUCAACGAAUAAUUGCUUUCAUAUUCCAGAUGAUUACCUACCUAUUCGAUGGCGCUGCAUCAACUCACCUCUGACAAAGUGCUCUAGGACUGCUCCAAGGGAACAUGCUGAACGUGUUCAUUUGUUGCAAGCUAUGGUGUCUGCUCUUAUGGCAGAAUCUGUCGAGUCAGAGGAGCGACUUGAGGUUGCUUCAGAACAAGUAGCCAUGGUGUUAUCUCGCAUCAGAGAAUUUCCUCUGUCUACACAUGGUAUGAGCGACAUUGCUUAUGAGAGCCCUUCUGAGUCACUGAUUAUACCAGAAGUAGAGGAGACUGAUGGCAUCAUCCAUAGCUUUGCUGCUGGACGUACUCAUGUAUCUUAUACUUUGGGCAAGCUAAAAGAAAGACAAACAAGAGAUGGGGUGGAGAUGUCGAGGAAAAGGAGGCGUUAUCCAGCACCUUACUGUGGGCAAUUUGGACAUGAUGCUAAUGACUGCCCAAUGAUGGGAACUGAAGGUUUGAAUGGAGAUGAUUUGGGAUUCCUGUAGGAUGUCUGGCCGAUAUAUAAAAUGAUGGCAGUUAGUUCGGUCAUUGUUGUACGUAUAUGUAUUCAUUUUUUCCCAAAUUAGGAUGCAAUCUCACGUUACCUUUCUUUAUUCUCCCAAAUUUAUAAUUAAGAUGUGUUACCGCAGCCUUACAUCUGUUCAAAAGAUUUUUUUCCAUAUAUGAGUGAGAUAUGGAACUCUUUCUACGUCAUAUGCAACUUAUUACUUGU